CCUGGACAGACAGUUGUUGUAACGCCCGGACGGCGCCUGGGCUUGGCGCAGGAGUACGAAGCUGGAAUCGGAACAUAUGUGCGCAACGGCAUGGUCUACUCUUCGAUCCUCGGCACAAGAAAGACCAAGGAGCCCACCACUGGCAAGCCGGUGCUAUAUGUCGAGCGGGACAAUGCCAAAUUCGCAAUCCCUGUGGUCGGCUGCGAGGUGCUGGGCCGUGUUGUGCGGAUCAACCCGCGCGCGGCAUCGGUCGCGAUCAUGAUGGUGGGACCUGUCCCCUGCCAGGAGGACUUUUUGGGCAUGGUGCGUGUGCAGGACAUCCGGGCCACCGAGAAGGACACGGUGGUGAUGGUCGAGUCGUUCAAGCCCGGCGAUAUUAUUCGCGCAGAAGUUAUUUCGCUGGGCGACCAGAGAUCCUACUUUUUGUCGACGACCAAGAACGAGCACGGCGUGGUGUUUGCGCAGAGCAGUGAUGGCAACACCAUGGUCCCAGUGUCAUGGGAGGAAAUGCAGGACCCCGAGACGCUGAUUGUCGAGAAGCGCAAGUGCGCAAAGACCUUCUAGAUACUAGCCUUUUUACUGUGUCCUGGCCUUGCAAAAAAUGUAUGAAACAG